AUGUCGGCUGGGUUUGAAUCGGCUGUGAUUUUGUCUCUGAUUAACAUCUCCUCUCCGAUUUCAUCAUCUUCCUCAACGUCUCCUCUGAAAUCUGGUCUGGCUGCUGCUGUUUCCUCAAACGCUGUCCACUUCUGCUCAAAGCAGAGGCUAAUCCUCGAGAUUCCGUCUCUUUCCAUGCGCUUAAGGCCCAAAAGGACUUGUUCUGGCGUUGAAGUAUUUGGGGGUUUUCACAUAAAGCAGCAAAAAUUUGCUUUUUUCAUAGUUCGCUGA